AUGACGCUGAACCGACCGAUGGUGUUCGAGGCGGUGAUGAAGAGCGCGGCAAAGCAGGGGGCGACGUUUGGGCACACGAACGCGGCGAAGGGGAAGCGGGUCAUCAUCGAGCACACGAGCUCGAACCCGAACGCGCCGCUGCACAUCGGCAACCUGAGAAAUGUCAUGAUCGGCGCGCACUUGGCGAAGUUGAUGAAGGCGUGCGGGCACGAGGUGCAGGAGGCGUUUUACGUGAACGAUUUGGGGGCGCAAAUCGGUCUGACGGCGUUGGCGUACUCACGGGUGUACGACAAGCUCGAGCCAUUCAUGAAGAUUGACCACUGGAUCGGCGCCAUGUACGCGGUGAUGAACACGUGCCAAGAGUUACAACAAGUCGGCGUGAACCCGGGAGAUCUCGAGGAUGCAUGCGUCGCUGGUAAGGAUGCCGUGGAUGCGCUCAUGAAGAAGUCGCUCGAGGCCGUCGCGGGUAACGCCGAUAAGGAGAAGGGCGUGGCUGAGUAUUUCGACAUUUACCAAGACCUUCGCGGCCGAUUCGAGAAAAUCAUGGUCGUGAUGCUCGCCGAUAUUCGUACGAUUCCAGACAUCAAGGUCGAGGCGGGUAAGCUCAACUUAGCGUACGAGAAGCAAGAGCCGUGGGCGAUUAAGAUUUUCCGCCAGAUGGUUUGCGACUGCCUUACUGGCGUACAGCAAACCCUCUCGACCUACGGCGUACAGCAUGAUCGAUUCGAUUUCGAGUCCGAGCUCGGCUGGGAAGGGUCAAACGAUAAGGUGUUGGAAAUCAUGCAAAAUAGCGACUACUAUGUGCCGCAGACGCAGUGCAACGACAAGGGAGUUCCUCAAGGGGCGUAUCUUGACAUGGCUGGCUUCAUCACGGAUAUGGGCUUCAAGAUCGGUAAGGGUGGCUAUCAAAAGGAGUACCCACCGCUCUACGUCCUUCGUCCGGAUGGUUCGACGUUGUACACGUACCGUGACAUUGUCUACUCGUUCAAGAAGGCGUCGAUGAGCGAUUUGAUUUUGAACAUUAUUUGCAGCGAGCAAGACUUGGCGCAACAAAAGGUUGCCUUGGCGAUGGCGAUGAUGAACCCCGAGAUGGAGGGCCGACAGUACCACUUGUCGUACGAUCUCGUUAAGCUUACGACUGGUAAGAUGAGCGGCCGUCGCGGUCGCUACUUGCUGGCGGAUGACCUCUACGAAGACCUCAAGACGGUGAUUCGCGAAAAGAUGGACAAGAAGUACAAGGAGAAGGGCGAGGACAUCUCCCAAGAGAUGUUCGAUAGCGUGACCCACGAGGUGUCCACGGCGGCAAUGAAGUAUGCGCUCUUGUCUGUGAGCUGCAUGACGCAAAUUAACUUUGAUAUUGCGAAGAUUACCGACUUCGAGGAUGCGUCGGCACCGUUCAUCCUGUACAACUCCACUCGUCUCACUUCCGUUCUUCGCAAGUUUGAGGAUCGAUCUUCCGCUGGCGUGUUGGAAAAGCUGUGCCCGCUCGACGACGUCGACUUCACCAAGCUCGACGACGACCGCGAGUGGGCCUUGCUCCUAGACUUUGUCUUGCCGUUUGCCGGCCUCAUCGUCGACGCCGCCAUGCCAACUUUGCCCAAACCACCUGCCUUGCCCUCCUACGGCAUGCACCGUGUGUGUGAUUUCCUGAACAUGAUGGUACGCGCGCUCUCGGGCUAUUACGGUCCCGCUGGUGUCCGCAUCAUGCCCGUCCAGAGCCAGCUCGACGCCGGAUGGAACGAGACAGCGGCGAUGCACGCCCGCAUCCAUGUCUGUAAGCUCUUCAAGCAAGUGAUUGAUAAUGGCUUGCGCUUGUUGAUGAUCGAGCCCCUCGAGCGCAUGUAG